AUGCAAAGUCAGAUGUCGUCGAGGCAACUUUACCUCGAUUCCGACAGUAUGAAUAAUCAUUCCCAAGGAGAUACUUCUUUGGUAGGUUCAAGAUUAACAAUAGUACAACAACCAAAGAAUUGUGCUAGAUGUGGAGAACCAAUUUUUACACAACAACAAUCAAAUAUUUCAAAUAAUAAUGAUACUAAAAUUACUACAAGACAUAGUAAAAGUACUUUGAGAGCUCUUGGAAAAUAUUAUCAUGAAGAUUGUUUUGUUUGUCAAGAUUGUUCAAAACCUUUAAAGCCUAAAUUUUUCCCAUUUAAGACUAAAGAUACCGAUGAACCUAUUUUAUUAUGUCAAUAUGAUUAUUUUAGAAGACAUAAUUUACUUUGUAAAGUAUGUGAUAAACCAUUAAGAGGAUUAUAUUAUACUGCCUUUGGUGGUAGAUACGAUGAAGAACAUUUUUCAUGUACUAUUUGUAAGACUCCCUGUGGUGUUAAAAAAUGUUUUAUUCAUAAUGAUAAAUUAUACUGUAAAUAUCAUUUUUUGAAAUUUUUUUCAAAACGUUGUAAAGGUUGCAAAUUUCCAAUUUCUGAUCAAUAUAUUGAAUUUCCUCGUGGCGACGAAGUACACUGUUGGCAUCCAGAAUGUUAUGGUAUUCAUAAAUAUUGGCAUGUAAAUUUAUCAGCAGAAUCGCUUGGUUUACCUUUAUUACAAAGAUUACCUUUUAAAGAAGAAGAUCCCGUAAGAGAUAUCAAUCCGACUCCACAGGAACUAGAGAAACAAAUGCAGGCGUUUGGUUUCAUCUUAUCCAAGAUUUGGUCUGUUCUCUAUAGGUUUGAAGAAGAGACCGCUUCAUGUAUUUCAGAUAUGUUUCAAUACCUUUCAAGUUUUGAUCAAUUGAAAGGUAUUGAUUCAACAGCUCUGUUCGUCUUAAAGAUUGAAUGUCUGUUUAAAGCAUUAGACAAUUUUAAUACUUUUAAUAAUUCUUUACCAAAUGAUACUCUUCAUAAGACAGCAGAUGGUAAUAGCUCAGACAGAUCUAAGGAAUUACAAACAAUUAAAGUCAAGUACGAAAAAUUCCCAAGAAAUUUAACUACAAAAAUUAUGAUAUAUUUACAAUUGUUAAGAAAAUUAAAUGUAGAUUCCUACGAUAAAGACACUACAUUGUCUUCUUUCAUGUCUGUAAUCACUGGCUUAGCUCAUUUUUUGAAAUUACUGACACGGUAUGGUCUUUUCUCCGCAUUGGAUUCCAAUAAGAAUACUCAUUCAGUGUCAGUAUUAUUGAAAUUUUUACGUGAAGUUGAAAAAAAUGAAACCAUUACAGAUGAUCCUUUCUCUCAUAUUAAUAUCUCAUUGGAGGCUACAGAUGAUUGUGUUGCUUGUAAGAAAUAUAUUCAGGAACAAUGUAUCAAAUUUCAAGAUUUUAGAUGGCAUUUAAAUUGUUUUAUUUGUUCCAAAUGUUCUAAAAAAAUUGAUAUUUCAGAUAUUGAUGAAUCGACAUUCAAGAAAUCUACUAUGCAAAUAUUUUGUCCAACUUGUUCUGCUAAUGAACCAGAAUCUGUACCGGGAUUUAAAUUCAUUACCAAAUUGACUCAAUUGAUCUUCUUACUGAAAAUCGCUUUGGUCCGUUCAAAGGCUGUAAUGAAGGCCCAAUUAAUGGGACAAACAGCCGCCGUUAGUAACUCUCAGCGUAUAAAGACGGUCACAAUGCAACAAACAUAUAUUAGAACUUUGAAUGAUAUCAAGAGACUUCGUUCGAGAAGAGAAAGUAUUAAAGUUAGUCAUGACAAACAGGAAGCUCGUAAAUCUGUUAUUCUGGAGACACCAGAAGAAGAUAUAGAUACUUCUAUGAUAAAUACCUCAAAGAAAAGUUUAAUUAUUCAUACAGAUGAUAACCAAGAUUAUUCUAGAGUUCCAUCAUCACAUGAGAAUGUUUUUUCAAAUACAAAAACUUUAACUUUAGAUGAUAUUUCAAGAAUCGUAGCUGCAGAACAAGCUAGAGAAUUAAGACCAAAUGCUUUUACUCAUUUUAAAACAUUAAAAGAAACCGAGGAUGAAACUAAUAUCCAAAAGAAGAGCGGGUUAUAUUAUUCAGAACUCAAUGAAAAUGAUUUGAGGUUAAUAUCAAUUAUCAGUUGUAGUUUGUUAAAAUGUAACAACGUCUUAAAAGUUAAUCCUUCAAGUUUAACUAAAUUGAUUCCAGCUAUAAAAACCAAUAAAUCUCAACAAUCAAAUAAUUUCUGGAAUAAAAUGAAAACAAUAAUGAAUAAAGAACCAAAACCGGUCAUACCAAAUAAGGUGUUUGGUGUUUCCUUAGAUAUAGUAUGUGACAAAUGGGGAACAGACUCGGAUUUAGCUGUUGGACCUACCAAAAUUAAAAUUCCUAUUGUUAUUGAUGAACUUAUUUCGUCAUUACGUCAAAUGGAUAUGUCAGUAGAAGGGAUUUUCCGUAAAAAUGGUAAUAUUCGACGUUUAAGAGAACUAACCACCCAGAUCGAUGGUAAUCCCUCGGAGGUACCAGAUUUAUCCAAGGAAAAUGCAAUUCAAUUGUCUGCACUUCUUAAGAAAUUCUUCAGAGAACUGCCGGAUCCCAUCCUUACGACUACUCUUUAUAAGUUAUGGAUCACGACUGCAGAGAUGGAGGACACAACUGAGAAACAGAAAUUUUAUUGUUUGGUUUACUCCUUACUUCCCUUAUACAACAGAAACAUAUUAGAAGUUUUAUUAUCAUUUUUGUAUUGGACUUCUUCAUUCUCUCAUGUUGAAAACGAAAUGGGUUCUAAGAUGGACAUUCAUAAUUUAUCAACAGUCAUUGCACCUAAUAUUCUUUAUUUACCAACACAAACUAAUAACGGCGAAACAACACAACCUGUUAAAUCAUACUCAAAAGAUUUUGCUGAAAAUGAAGGUCAACACCAUUUUCUUGCAAUCGAGGUUAUUGAUUAUUUAAUCACACAUAAUGAAGAAAUGGUUAUGGUACCAAAAUUCCUAAUAAUUUUGUUAAAGGAAAUUAAAUCUAGAGGUCUAACAGAGAUUGAACAAAUAUCUUCAUUCAUUGGUAAGAAAGUGAACGAAAAGGGCAUCGAUUUCUCAGAAUUUAAUAUCGGAAACGAUAUUACAGUGAAAGAUACUAGUGCAGCUGUGCUACAAGGUGCAACGUAA